AUGUCGCGAGUUGUCAAAAACAGUCGAAGUACCAUCACAAUUAGAGUAUGUAGCAUCAAAAUCCUAUGGUAAACCGAUAAACAUUGGCGAUCUUCUACAGCAAUCAGAAGUAAGCCAAACGAAUGGUGGUAGCAUAAUUUCAUCGCCUCAGCGGAAUCUACCAUCGCACGAGUUGUUUCCGAGUUCGUGGCAAACUCCUUCACAAACGCCCUCAGAUGUUCCAAAGGAAACAACCACCUCAAACCCAUAUAUAUCUCCAAAGUCAAUAUCACAACGGCACCCCUCGUCGUCCACUGAAACGAUGCCUCACGACAAAAAUUCGAGUUUCCCAUUUUCCAACAAUCAAGGUGAUUCAAAUGCUAAUACGUUGGCUACGUCAUUAGCCUUGUUUGGAACAAGUAGCCCUGGACUACAACGGUCACAGGUUCUGGAUGCUUCCAUUGCAUCUCUUCCGACGUUUUCUGAUGGGAAUAAAAAGAUAUUGAGCAAGACCGAGUUCACACAAAGAUAUUUACAUUUAAUUCAGGUAUGA